CACAAAGUCAACAGACGAUAGACAAUAGUCAACAACAAAAGAGUCUUCAAAAUCAAUAGAUAUAUCACACGAUGUCAUCACUGUUACCAUUGUUUAGAAAUUCUCAUAAAUUGAAGCAUUUAUUAGUGAAAAACUAUUGCAUUAUUGGUGUCAAACAAUUGAGUCAACGGACAGGUAGGCCGUGGAAAGUGUUGGGUUUGAAUCACAUCGCCAUCGCUACCAAUGAUGUGAAUAAUGGUUCGCAACUCUAUAGAGAUGUCUUCAAACUUAACACGAGUGACACCAAUGUUCUGCCAGAACACGGCGUUAACACAGUCUUCGUGAACUUGAAUAACACAAAAGUUGAACUCUUGGAUCCAAUUGGUGGACAAAAUUCUCCCAUUUGGUCAUUCCUACAAAAGAACACGAGUGGAGGCAUUCAUCACAUAUGUCUUGAAGUGGACGACAUCUAUGCGGCCAUCGAUGACCUCAAAGCAAAAGGAAUUCGUAUAUUAUCUGAUUCACCGAAGACUGGAGCGCACGGCAAGGAUGUGGUGUUUCUGCACCCGAAAGACUGCAAUGGAGUCCUCAUUGAAUUGGAACAGAAAUAAACAAUUGUUUUAUCAUUUCUUGAAUAUAUUUCAUGAUUUAUAAACCAAUAAUUUUUUUUAUUAGAAAUG